GCGCGAGUGUUGGAAGGAGGCAGUUUGAGCCGCCUGCGUUCAUGUGUGUGACGACAACGCUAUACCCUUCGAGUUCUCUCCUUACGGCCGCGCGUCAAUGAAUAGCCACGCGUUUGGAAACACGACCAGCGGUUUGAGAGGGUCAUCAUCGAGCCACCAUUUUCUGCCCGUAGACAAGGAGCUGUUCUCCCGAGGAAAAGCUAGUGGUCGCGCAUACGCCAUGAGCCGCAGCAGUCUCAGAAGGGCCUCAUUCAGACAAAAAGGUAUUACGAGAAAGAGCACAGUAUUCGAAAAAGAAAGACGUCUUGCGAGGACCAGUUUGGGGGGAGGGGGAGGGGGGGUCAAAACAUGCAUGUCCCCGAGUUUCCAAUCUCGUCGGAGCAUUGCGCACGCAGUCAGUCAACCAUCUUGUGUGAGAGAGACGUCCUCUGUAGCGACUCGAAUCCACAUCAUGAUACUACAGAUAAAGAGAGGGAGGGGGAGAGAGAGAGAGAGAGAGAGAGAGAGAUGCCCAGUCCAUCUCGAGGGAGCAGUUGACAAUACUGCAAAGCAAAGCAUUGAUUACUUCUUUUCUUCCAUCUUUGCACAAAAAGCAUGGCGUUCACGGGCAUAUUCAAGAUUUUCUUAAACCAUAGCAAAUAGACUAUGAAUGUACAACAUGAUCACGUCAGUAUUCUCAAGCCGGUAGCAGAACGGGCCACGUGAGAGAAUGUUUGGAAAAUGCAAAACUGCCCCCGUCUCGCUUAGUCUCAAUUCCGAGUCCCUUUUUCCGUCCUCUAAAAUCAUGUAGUCAUUAAAUCGUGAGAAUAUCUUUCGCAAGAGCUGAACAAGCAUGCCAAAUCAACAGAAGCGGCGAUCUGAAUAGCGUGCAUCCGAAGAGAA